AUGAAUAUCUUGUAUUACAAAUCAGGGUCAAUAAAUUUGCCGCAUUGUGAAGACUCCGACAACUCAGAUGAUGAGCAUUUUAUCAGCAUUGGAGCAGACUCAAAUAAAAAAGGCCAUAUGAUAGAUGUAUAUGUAUCUCUUAUAUCAGAUAUAGAGAGUAAAAUGAUUGUAAAUAUAAAUUAACUAGGUCUGAGUGGCUUGCAGGCAAUAGAGCUUAAAAAGGUUAAUUAUUCCCUGACUAAAAAGAAUUAAAGCUCAUCAAAUCCAUUGAAAUACCCUUAGAUCCCCGUAUCUACUGAAGGAAUUAUAUAAGAAUAUCUCAAAGCUAAUGAUCACAUUAUUUGCGAUGUGGACUCAUUGGAUUUUUGGAUCAAGUUCAGAAUAACCAUGGAUUCCCAAUUUUCAACUUUAGAUGGAAUGCUUGAGCUCAGGAUUGAAAAAUCAAUGACUGGUUAAACAUUCAACAGCAUAGCACAGAAAUUAUGCAUUCAACUUUGGAAAUAAUACUGCCUGGAUGCGCCGAAGCAUAAAGAUCAGAAAUAUGUAUUGACUUUUUUCCGAGUUGCUAUUGAUAGAAGGGCUAAUUCUAUUAUUAAGCAUAAAGUUGAUUAAUCAGGUCACAUCAUUUCCCCGAAAAAUAAGAAAAACAAUAGAAGAACUUAAAGAGGCGAUUUUCAUCAUGAUAUCCUUCCAGAUAGCAAAAUGAGUGAUAUCUUCCAAUACCUCGACAAUAAUGUGAAAGUUAAAUGCACCUUUUAAUCUAUAAAAUAGAUUUAUCAAGAACAAUUUCCUAUAGAAAAUGUUGCUGGAAGUACCCUUAAAUCUGAUGUAAACAGCCUAAAGUAAUCAAUGAAGACAGAAAAAUAGAAUGAUUCUUUAAAAAAUAAGACCCCAAAAUCAUAGUCAAGUAUAGCUGGCAAUUCAGAUAACAGCAGCAAGAAGAAUUCAAGGAAAAAUAGAAAUACAAGACUUAAAUCACUAUUAGUAGUGAAUGACAGAUAGUCUGAGGAGAUUAAAGAAGAAUGGACUGAUUAGGAGUUGCUUCUAUCAAAGACACUUCCAAAGGACUAGAUGCACUUGUUGAAGAGCGUAAGACUUCCAAGUUUAGUAGAUAAAAAUUAAUUAGAUACCAAGGAAAAUCAAUUCGAUACCAAAGAAAAUCAAUUUGAAAAUAGUCUUAGCACAAGAUUUAAUGUUUUAUAAACUGAUCUCGAGACCUAAGGUUAUAAUUCAUCUCCAAUGAAUAAGAAAUUAGAGUUUCGAGAAUAGCGAAAUAAUCCAGCGACUUUUCAAUAGAAUGAUUACUUAUUGACUCAUUCAAGUUCAAUAGUGUUCUAAAAUUAUGAGGAGGGAAGAACAACUAUUAUCAAACGAAAAUCACCAAGGCCCUCUAAGAUUGAGGCAGAUAUGGAUUUCGGUGAGUAAGCUUAAUAAAAUCAUGGAGUCAAUCAUGCUUUUGGGAAUAUUAUUUUACCUAAGACAAGAGCAGAAGAGAAUCAAUUAACUGAAAUGAGUAUUUAUUUAGAUACUUAGCAAACUAUAGAGCCAGAACCCCUCUAAGUUCAAUAAUAAAACAGAAACAUCAAGCUUGAAUAGAUCUAAGAGGAGGAAGAUAGUGUCUCUUAAGCUCAUUCAAAUCCACAGUCUCCGGAGUUUAAAAGUAGAGCAUCGUCGACAUAAUAAGAAAUAUUUGACAGAGGACUAAUGUUCAGAAAUUACUUUAAAAAUGAAUUGAAUGUUAAGAAAUAAAAGAAUUAGAUUGCCAUCAGUAUUAAUGGCGACUCUAAAAUCUAGUUUUUGACAACCCUUUAAUCCAAGGAAGAAAGUCAUAGAAUUAGAACUUUAAAUAUUCCUAUAAAUUCUAGCUUGACUACCAGUCAAAGUCUUAUUGGUGAACAUGGAUAGUUAAAUUCUUCAGGAAUGUAGGGAAGUAUGAGUGAAAGUGAUAGAAAUGGAAACUAUCCUUUUGAGAAGAAAUCCAUAGGAAAACUAGAAUAAGAAAUCGAGGCUAAAAUUUCACUCAAUCGAGAGCAAAUCAGAAAGUUAAGCUAAAGUUUUGCUACAGUAGGAUCUGAACGGACAUCAAGUGAAGUUAGUUAUAUGAAAGAACCUCUACUCAAGCAAUUUUCAGAUUUUAAUCCUAUAAAUACAUCUGACGACGAUAACAUUCUAAGACCAAAGAUAAGAUUAGUUAACCAAUAGAAUCUUGGAAAAAUCGAAUCCUAAGCGAAUUUAAACAAUCAAAGAAAAUAAGACUUAGGGGCUUUUCUUUCAGUGCCUGCUGUAAGUCUUACUACUCCUUAGAAUAACAGCAAGAAGGCUUCUAUAUUUGGUAAUCUAAUCAACAUAAUUAGAGGUACCCCUAGAGCAUAAGCUGGAAAUAAGAAAUUUAUGAAAUUUGGGGAAUAAGAUAUUGAGAUAAGUGAGGAGGAAAUGAUUAAUAAAAUACGAUUGCCUGAAUUCUUGCUCUCCUUUGAAGAAUUCCAAAUUAUCAAAAUACCAGCAAUGAAAAAUUUCACAUAUAAGGAGCGUGAUCAGAGCGAUAGAUCAGAUAGCUUGAUCGAUAAUAUCUUACUGUCAGAUUAGUAUCUUAUGAAACAAAAAGCCAAGAAAAGAAACAUCCUUGUAAUUAUUAUCAUUCUUUUAGUUGUUGCUGCUCUUGUCACUGGGAUAGUCUUUUUGAUUAAAAAAUGA